AUGUCUGAAUACCAACGCGUACGAAGCUCCGAAUCUGAUGUUGCGUUUGCAGAGAACAACGAGUCGCGAACUAUACCUCCACCACAGUUACCUGUGUCGUACGCUCGAAAGAUCGUCGAAGUGCUGCGAAAGUAUGGAAAGUUUAUAGGACCAGGGCUUAUGGUCUCAGUCUCGUACAUGGACCCCGGAAACUUUAGCACAGCUGUCGCUGCUGGUUCUGCGCACCGCUACAAAAUGUUGUUUUCAGUGCUUGUGGCCAAUAUUCUAGCAGCGUUCUGGCAAUGUCUAUGUGCCAAACUAGGCGCUGUGACGGGCUUGGACCUGGCACAAAACUGCAGAAGACACCUACCGGCAAACCUGAAUUUGAUGCUGUACAUCUUGGCCGAAGUGGCCAUUAUCGCUACAGAUUUAGCGGAGGUGGUGGGAACUGCUAUUUCGCUAAAUAUCCUGUUCAACAUUCCCCUGCCGCUGGGUGUAAUCCUCACAGUUGUGGACGUUUUAGUGGUACUGAUGGCUUACCGUCCCAAUGGCUCAUUGCGUCUCAUUCGGUGGUUCGAGAUGUUUGUGUCACUUUUAGUCGUUGCGACGGUCGUAUGUUUCUCAAUAGAACUGUUUUCUGUGAGUAUUGACAAUGCUGGUGAUGUUUUUCGCGGGUUUCUUCCGAGUAAAGCUGUUGUGGAAGGGGACGGUAUUUAUCUCAGUUUGGCCAUUUUAGGAGCAACCGUCAUGCCCCACAGUCUCUACCUUGGGUCAGGCGUUGUGCAACCUCGGCUGCGUGACUACGAUAUCAACAACGGGCACUACAAACCCAGUGAAACGGAUAUUGACAACAAUCACGACAAUUACAAGCCUUCUUAUGACGCAAUUAACGAAACACUAAACUAUACUAUUGCAGAGUUAUUGGUUUCUCUGUUCACAGUGGCUCUUUUUGUGAACUGUUCUAUAUUGAUAGUUUCGGGGGCAACUCUGCAUGGGACAGCCAAGGACGCUAGUGCUGAUUUGUUCACAAUCUAUGAACUUUUGUGCAAAAGUUUGUCGAAAGCCGCGGGGACCGUAUUUGUGCUGGCACUCUUAUUUUCUGGACAAUCAGCGGGUAUUGUCUGCACGCUGAGCGGUCAAAUGGUUUCCGAAGGAUUCUUAAAUUGGACCAUAGCCCCUGCUCUACGUAGGGCCCUUACCCGGGCAGUUGCAAUCACGCCGUGUCUUAUUCUGGUCUUGGUCGCGGGACGCCGGGGCCUCAGUGGUGCUUUGAAUGCUUCUCAGGUGGUGCUAUCUUUACUGCUUCCAUUCGUGUCAGCCCCGUUGUUAUACUUCACCAGCAGCCGCAAGAUAAUGCGAGUGGAACUGGUGAACAAUUGUUACUACGACCUUCGGGACGUGGGAAUCCCUCUCCACAAUUUAAGACGUCCUGAACGCAACGAUGAAGACGACAACAACGGGGAUGAUGAUGACAUUAAUAACUUCGAAAUAGACGGCGACUCGUCCACAGAGGCCCUCUACGCAGAUAUGAGCAAUAGCACAUUCACUUCGGUGUGUGCGGUUCUGCUAUGGGUGUUUAUUUCCGGCCUAAAUUUUUACUUGUUGGCGAGCUUCUCGACCGGCAAUGAUGUGCAUAUGUAA